CUCGCCGCUAAGCGUGCGGUGCCAGAGAACACAGUUGCGGGGGUUCCCGGAGAGGUGCCGCCCGCUCCUGCGGAUCCUGGCGUUUCUCCCACUCGAACCCCACGGCGAGAGCCAGCAAUCGGGCCAGCUGCGUCGCCUUCGGGAAGGAGGUCGCAACUCUCAUGACAGUUCGACACCAUCGCCCCCUGCCAACGCGUCCUGGACAACCUGCUCAACCAAGCAAAGCAGCUCAUCGAGGUGGAGGUGAGGUCGCAGCAUGAGGCCUCCACGAACCGGAUUUUCACGGGGGUCGUUGCCCGGCCUACGACCGGCACCGACCCGCCAGAGGAAGGGCACGUGGGGACGGGGCCAGGCGGGGGGCGGGCGAGGGAGCGGCCGGAGAGGCCGGGGGAGGGCGAGGGGACGUGGUGGGAGAGGUUCAAGAGGAAGAGGUGGAGAGGGAGGGGCGGUCCCUGGUGUGUCCGCGGCGAGCAUGCCGAGCCUUGCCGUGGGCGUUCCGGCCUUCCAACAGGUGGCCGGCGCCGGCACCACCAGCGGGGGAGGGGAGGGGGGCGGGCCAAGGCUUGGUGUUUCCGCGGCGGGCAUGCCGAGGCUUGCCGUGGAUUUUUCGGUCCGCCGGGCUGGCGUCACCGGCGCUGCUGUGGGCACCCACAAACGGGACACAACCGGUCGGGGGUUCGGCGCACCGCUUCGCUCCGUGGGCAGCGCACCUCGUGGGGGGUUGGGGCAGGCUUCGCUCGGUCUCGCGUCCUCGGCGUCCCCGGCUUUCGGCGUGACAAACUCCUGGGCGCCGGAGAGUUUUCAGCAAUCAAGACUGAACGGAGAAAGACUUCGUGCCGGUGAAAACCACGGCCAGCCUCUGCCUUUGACGCCCCAAGAUGUAGCAUUUUUGGACCAGGUACAAUCGCCCCAGAAAAAGAAGCACAUAGGACCGAACAGGAGGCGCGCGUCGACGGCCACGAGAAAUAACCAUGGUGGAGGGCAGCAUGUAGUUUAGGGAGGUGCCCAAGGGGCCUGGGGGAUAUAUGGGUUGCGUUGGCCUUUUGUCUUUUCGUCUUCGUGGAAUACAUUUUUGGUCUUGGCGUAGAGGAGGGUGCACACCGCAGCGAACAUCUGUUCCGGGAAGAGGGUUUUCGCUCGGAAAUUUGGAACCCAAUUGCGGCGGCACGUCCGCGAGGGGAGCAAGGGAUAGAGUGAAUCAAGCUCGGAGUUUCGCGGGGCGACAUGGGGGGAUAAUGUAGGCGUGGGAGUAGCCUUUCCUGAGUUGCCGCACUGCAGUUGCGUUAUGGCUUCGUAUUGACGGGACUCAUGUCCGUGAGCGCCAGUUAAAAAUGUUUCGUGCCGGU